AUGAGAAACACUCCUCUAGCUGAUGUUCAUGUAUCUAAACAUAGCAAUGAUAGACAAGAGUUUCUCAAGCUCUGCAAGAGAAUUGAAUACACUGUCCGAGCUUGGUAUAAUCUUCAAUUUGAAGAUUUGAUGAAACUCCAGCAGCAGAACCUAACUUCUCAGGAAAUUGAUGUGCUUGAACAGAAUUUCCUCGCUUACUUGUUUCAGUCUGUCCGUGUUCUUGAAUGUUUGUCCUUUUCCUUUCACAAGGUCAUGGACAAGAGCAACUUUAAAAUAACAACAGAUGAUGAGAUCGAGCUUGACAAGAAGCUACUCAAGAGAUAUUUUGAGAAGCACCCACAUGAAAAUCUUCCAGACUUUUCUGAUAAUUAUGUCAUCUUCAGGCGUGGUAUUGGCAUGGACAAAACCACAGAUUUCUUUUUUCAUGGAGAAAUUAGAUGUGAUCAUUUCACGUAUUUUGGCAUGUUUCAUGAAAAUCAAUUGAUUCACAGGUUAGAUAAGUUACGUGCCAAUCGGUCAAGCAGACAUCAAAAGAAAGAUCCUAAAAAAGAUGAUGAGACAAACCCUGAAGAAGAUGAUGAGGACUUGUAUGUGGAGCGUAUUUGCUUUGAGAAUACACGGUUGAGCUUCAAGAGUUUCUUGAGCAAGCUCACCAUACAAGAGCCUACAUUUGAUAAAAUGAUUGUUGUUUAUAGGCGAGCCAGCUCUAAAACAAAUCUAGAACGAGGAAUAUACGUCAAGCAUUUCAAAAACAUUCCUAUGCCCGACAUGGAGAUUGUGCUUCCUGAGAAAAUAAAUCCUGGACUGACUCCAAUGGAUGUGGAAGCAAAGAUAAGAUCUCACUCAGUAGUUCAUCUG